CAAAAACUUAACCUCACCUCACCUGGUGCACCUCACCAACCAGCACCCCACCACCGCCGCACCUCACCACCCACCCCACCACCACCACAGCAAAACAACACAAUGGUCCGCAAACUCAAGCACCACGAGUCGAAGCUCCUCCGCAAAGUCGAUUUCCUAACCUGGAAAUCCGACUCGGGCCACCGCUCGCACGACGUAAUGCGGCGGUACCACAUCAGCUCUGUGGAGACGUACCACAAAUACAACAAGUUAUGCGGAUCCGUGCGGCACCUCGCGCACCGUCUUGCCCUCCUGCCACCCACGGACGCAUUCCGGCAGCGUCACGAGGCCCUUCUCCUCGAGAAGCUGCACGCCAUGGGAAUUCUCGCGCAGAAGACCAAGAUGAGCGACGUCGAGAAUAAAGUGACUGUGGCGGCGGUGUGUAGGCGGAGACUGCCGGUCGUGAUGACUAGGUUGAGGAUGGCGGAAACGGUGCAGGCGGCGAGUAAGCUCGUUGAGCAGGGACAUGUCAGGGUGGGGCCGGAAGUGGUUACCGAUACGGCCUAUAUCGUCACCAGGAAUAUGGAGGACUUUGUUACCUGGGUCGAUGGAAGCAAGAUCAGGGGCCAUAUCAUGAAGUAUCGGAAUGAGGUCGAUGAUUAUGAUUUGCUGGCUUGAGCGGGGGGUGGUGGGGAGAUGGGAACGAGGGGAGAUGGGAAAGAGCGGGGGAGGAGUGGAAUAAUGUACAUACCUCUCACAUACCUCUGGCGUUAUUAGGUUUUUCUGUUUCUUUCAAGGGACUAUAAAAGUUAUUGAUUCUUCCUGGACUGUCUACUAGGUAUACUGUGAUUGUAUGGUUGAGACCGGGCGAGCGAAAAACAAGACUUCAAUUCCAUGGAUUGGUGAUUAGGUAUCUUCACGUAACGUAUGGGGAAAAGGUAUAUACAGAAACAAACUAAUUACACUAUUCUACAACCGCCUCCUUAACUGAAGCUCCCUCCUUCUCCUUCUCCUUCUCCUUGCCCUUAUCCUUCUCCUUCUCCUUCUCGGCCUUCCUCCUAAAGAUGCCCAGUCCC